AUGAUCAAGCUAUUUCUUCGAUACAAUAUACUGCAAUUUAUUUGGACUAUUCUCCUUAGCAUUCACGCAUGUAUGGCAGACCUAAGAAAUAGUUAUUCACAACUGCAUUAUGGACAAAAACUGGAAAGAAGGAUGAUAACGUCGUAUGAUGGAUACAGUAUUCUGGAUUGUGUAGAAGAUUGUCUGAGAACAACACGAUGUCGGUCCAUUAACUACUACCAAGGAGCCCACUUCUGUCAGACCAACUUUGAGAAGAGGACAACUGUACCUGGACUCUACAUAGAGAAGCCUGGCUGGAUAUACAGCGAUAUAGAAGACUGGGACAAGGAAAUUGCAGGAGCCUGUUCGCGGUCAAGUUGUCGCAUUAAUGAAAAGUGCAUUCCACAACCCUUUGACCAGUUUACCUGCGUCAUUUCAGAUUGCGGUGAACCUAGGGGUGAACGAUUUUCAAUGGAACAUGUACGUGAAUGGGACGCUAUUGGAAUAACAAGAGGAAUACAUAUCACUUGCACCGCUCAAUAUAAUCAACUCGGCUCUGAGCUUUUUGUCUGUCGAUCUAACGGAACGUGGAGGACGAAUUUGAGCUGUCAUGACAAAUAUUAUUGA